AUGAGUUCCGCCGGAAGCAUACGGUGUAUGCUCGUCGCGCUCGGCCCCGCGGGAUCCGGCACUCGCCGAAUAUCGGCACCCCACACUAGUAGAUCCAUGCCGAGCGUGGCGACCGUGCGAGAGUGGGUGAGCGCGACGUUCCUGUCGAGGCCGACGCCUUCCGUAGACGAAGCCGACCGGCCGUGCGAGCGAUGCGAGGCUUACGCGAAGCAGCUCGAGAAUGCACGUGUGGCUCUCGUGCUCGCGGACAAGCACAACGACACGGUGGUCAGAGCGCGCGAGGGGUUCGUUCAGAAGUUGGCAGACCAGAUACGAGUCCCGCUCCAUGCGGUGGAGCGGAUAUGCUCUGCGGUGGCCAAGAGACCGGACUCGUCCGCGGAUACGCGGAUCCAGAUGACGACCGUGUGCCAGACGGCGGGGGAGAUCCUGACCACCAUCAACGACCUGCUCCAGGUGGCGACCAUAGAAUCGGGUCGCUGGUGCAUGGAGAACGUGGCCUUCCAGCCCAAGAAGCUGCUCGACCUCAUCAUCAGAUUGCUCGGCCGCUCCAUAUUCGAGAAGCGUCUCACCUUCGAUCAGGAGGUGGACGCCAGCCUCCAGGGCUCGGUCGCGGGGGACGUGUCCCGGCUCAGGCAGCUCCUGCUCACCCUGCACGAGAUCCUGAUCGACGAGGCGGAACGAGGCGAACGGGUGGCCGUCACGGUCCGCGUCCUGAAGGAGGACGACCCCAUCCUCGCACAGAUGCCGCGCUCGAAGAGGUUCAUCGCGUGCAGCUUCGACAUGUGGCUCAUGCGGAAGGGGCGGGUGGACAUGGAGCCGGUGGACACCGGGCGCGAGGCGGAUCCCCGUCUCGUGCUCGAAGAAUCGAUAUUCCUGAAGAGCUUCUGCAAGAACCUGGCGCUCAGGGGUCAUGCGGUCGACAUCGCCAGGGACGUCGCCGAGAUCGUGGCGAUGGCGGAGUCGGGCUCGCUCCACCGCACCUACGACUGCGCCCUGAUCGACAUGAGCGACGGCUCCUUCGAGCUGGUGCGGAGCCUGCGUACCACGGAGCGGCGGACCGGCAUCCAGCGACUCCCCGUGCUGGUCUCCGUGGCGUACGGUACCGAUGAUUGGGAGAGGCGCUACCUGGACGCCGGGAUCGACGGCCACUUUCUCAAACCGUGCAGCGAGGACGUCAUCCUCGGCAGGAUCGGGGACACGAUCAGCGCGGUGAACGCCCUGGUCUCGAUCCACGAGGACAGCGUGAGCCAGGGCUCCUCGACGGACGGGGUCAACGUCGGGAGCCGCUCCAGCGAGAGCGCGUUCAAGAAUCUUCCCGAAACGCCUCUUUCAGGAGACAGAAGCGUUCGAUAG